UAUCUAUAGGUAAAAAAUUGUAACUAGAUUUUAUCUUCGUCAGAGUAAUGGAGGUAGAAAUACUGAGCGCCCAGACUUCAAAGUCGGUUGGAGUUUUAAACAGUCUUGCUCCUACCACAUCUGUUCGAGAACUCAAGAAGAGGGUUCAUGGGCUGAAGAAGUCUCUCCAUCCCGACCGACAGGCCCUGCGACUUGAGCUGAAGGGCAGGACUCUGAAGGAAGAUGAAUCUCUUAAGAGUUUGGGAUUGAAAAGUGGCUCAAAGCUGUACGUGAAGGAUCUGGGACCACAAAUAGGAUGGAAGACUGUGUUCCUUGUAGAGUAUGCGGGGCCACUGCUUUUGUACCUGUGCAUGUACAGGCGCCCAUGGCUCUUCUAUGGGGAGGGUGCCAGUUCGGUGCCCAUUCACCAUGCAGUACAUAUUGCAGCCGGCUGCUGGACACUGCACUACGCCAAACGACUUCUGGAAACUCUGUUUGUGCACCGGUUCUCUCAUGCAACAAUGCCCAUCUUCAAUCUCUUCAAGAACUGUUCCUACUACUGGCUGUUUACGCUGUACAUCGCCUAUCACAUCAACCACCCACUGUUCACUGCACCAGGCUCGAUCCAAGUUUACGGGAGUCUUACAGCUUUCUUGUUAUGUGAGUUGGGGAACCUGAGUAUCCACAUAGCUCUUCGGAACCUGCGACCACCAGGCACCACAGUGCGCAAGAUGCCAGUAGCCACAUUGAACCCAUUCACGUCCCUCUUCAAUCUGGUGUCCUGCCCCAACUACACGUAUGAGUUUGGCAGUUGGCUGGCCUUCAGCGUGAUGACCCAAUGCUUGCCAGCGGGCUUGUUUGCUUUGGCGGGCAUGUAUCAGAUGACCAUAUGGGCGCUGGGGAAGCACAGGGCAUACAAGAAGGAGUUCCUUAGCUACCCUCGCAGCCGCAAAGCCAUUGUGCCAUUCCUCCUGUAAGUUAUAUGUCAUCUGGGAUCAACCAUCAGAAGAAAUGUGUUCUGUAUUUUCUGAGCAGUAACUUAUUCUUUGUUGCAUAUUUAGGGUCUUUGGGUUGUAGAGUUUGGGGGUUUAUAUAGUACAUUCCAUUUAGCAUCUGGAACUUCAGGAGGGACCAGAUGUCGUGGUGUUUGAGUGGGCCUUAAAGUUUUCUUAAACUUGUAUUGUAACGCGGUGGUGGUGUAGUGACCUGCUGUGUGUGUUGUAAAUAUGCUGCCGUAAGGGGCAGCGCUGUGGAGCUGUAGUUUGGAUGUGUAGUUACGCUGGUUUCGUUUCGUAUUGGGAGCAGGGAAGUCAUUCAUGAGGCAGCCUGUAAAGGUUUGGCUGCUCAGGGGGAAUAAGUAAAAUGAGUCAAUGGAAAGGGAGAAAUUCUAUUUUGUGUGAAGUUUGACAAGGUUUAAUUACUGCUGUCUGUACCGAACAUUGUCAUAAGUCUGUGUUGUGGUACCUGGUAGGUGGGUAUCAGUGUUUCAGGGUAACGUACUGUCUCCAUUCUCAGGAUGAAACCCAUCACUAUGAAAACCUCAGAGUUUCUCUUAUGUCGGCAGGUAUACUUAACCCUUUCAGUGCUUGGUUUUAUCCUUGAGCAGAGUGUUGCAAUUACACUGAGUAGACGUGUAUCGUGGAGUUGCACCAGUGUGUGCUGCUGCACUGACUCUCUGAGCUGCAGAUAUGAAGGAUAGUUUACCUGAGAUAAUCAGUACACAUAUUUAUUUAAUUCUGUACUUAUAAAUUUGCUGUUCCGCCAGAAUAGGCACAGUUUCCUUAUGCAGAGAAGUGCAGUGAGGUCGGUUAUGUGAUUAGAAUGAAUAAUAUUGCCAGUGUUCCUGUCUGUGUGACACUUGUCCAGACACUAUCACCAUGUAACUAGUGCAUCGCAUAGGGCUGCAUAUACAGUAACUGCAUGGUAGGGUGGUCACUUGUGCCAGAAAUCACCACAAACUCCAGUGUCUCAAUGUAUACAUAAGCUCUAAGCUCCACUGUUUGGUGUACUUCAUUCAGGUUGUGUCCAUAGUGUAUUAUGCAGGGAAGUACAGACGCUACAUUAAUUAGAGUGAGUUAAUGAAUUGUCCCACUUUGUGGAUCAGAACGGAAAACGUGCGGUAUGAGACCGUGCUCAGUUCGAUUCUUGGCUGGGACACUAGCUAUGCUGACUGCCCCCACCUUCCCUUCAGGCCAUGACCGCUUCCUUCCAGAUCCUUUCGAUUUCUUAUUCAUCUGCUGUACCAUUCAGAGAGCUUAUAUAGUGUAGAUACUGACUGUGUUGUAAAGUGAACCAUAAGACAAGUGCAGUAGCACUUAGCAGUGAAAGGGUUGCUGAGCGCUGUGACUUCAUUGCAUGUCUGGGUCUGCUUUGGGUUGCUAUGCUGAGUUUCUUGAGAUACAAAUGAUUUUUAUUUAGUUUUCUGGUAACUCAAGAUAUAUUUCCAUAGCUGAAACACUACAAGUAUUCAUAUUGAUACUAAAACAUAACAGCAAGAACAACAAAUGUAGUUAUGAGUUAAUGAGAAUGAAGCAUCUUGGUUUAAGUGUUUAUGCAGUUAGACCUGUGCCGUGCCCUUUAAUGAGUGGAACUGCGAGAGCUGUACUACAUUUGACCAUGUUUUGGCUCAUUGAACACAGCAAGUGAUUAAUGGUAGUGUGCUGCUAGAAUCAGUUUGUCUGUGCAAGCUUUUGUUAUUUGUUUUUUGUAUUUCAGUUGAAUAAAUAAUAUAUGCAGUAUCA